AAAUUAUUUCUGCCCCAUUCUCAUAAGCAUUACGGUUUUUAGGAGGUUUCUCUGUAGAAUUUAACUUUUUCUUGAUUAGAGAACAGAACAAUAGUAACAUUUACUGUAAUGAAAUGGUCGACAGGUUACUACCAUGAUUCUAACCACUGAACUCCACAAAGUGUAAUCGGCCUCUGUUACUGUCUGGGGCGACUUUUUGAAACCGUCUUGUGCAAGUCGAGUGUUUCUACUCUCAAGAUAAUUCAGUGAACUUUGAUGCUUUGAUUGGUUUGAAAUCUUCCUCCGUGCACAAACAAGUGUUGACAUUGCGUUUCCCUCGGUAGACUCGUGAUGAGUUGGUGAAUUUUUUAGUGCAGGGACACAGUAACGUUAUAAUGACAUUGGAUUCUUUGCUCUGAUUUCGUGUGCAGGUGCACUGGGCCUAGACUUGAAGACUGCCAGACCAAGAGAGACUCUGGUUUCUCCAUGACCGCAGCCGGUGUGGUCGGUGGGAUGCUGGCUGUUCUCAUCGCAGGCCUGUCCGUCUUCGUGCUGCUUCGCCGCCGCCACAUCAAGAGGAAGAGGACCACGCGCCGGCUGCUCCAAGAGAGACAGUUGGUUGAGCCUCUGACUCCGAGCGGAGAGGCACCGAACCAGGCGCUGCUGCGGAUCCUGAAGGAGCCGGAGUUCAAGAAGAUCAAAGUGCUGGGGUCCGGGGCGUUCGGCACAGUUUAUAAGGGCCUGUGGGUUCCGGAGGGCGAGGACGUGAAGAUCCCAGUGGCCAUCAAGGUUUUAAGAGAGGCCACAUCACCUAAAGCAAACAAGGAAAUCUUAGACGAGGCGUACGUGAUGGCCAGUGUGGAUCACCCCCACGUGUGUCGUCUGCUCGGCAUCUGCCUCACCUCCACGGUGCAGCUCGUCACCCAGCUGAUGCCCUUCGGCUGCCUGCUGGACUACGUCAAAGAGAACAAGGACAACAUCGGCUCCCAGCACCUGCUCAACUGGUGUGUGCAGAUAGCCAAGGGUAUGAACUACCUGGAGGAGCGCCACUUGGUGCACCGCGACCUGGCAGCCAGGAACGUUCUGGUGAAGACUCCUCAGCACGUCAAGAUCACAGACUUCGGUCUGGCUAAGCUCCUCAAUGCAGAUGAGAAGGAGUAUCACGCAGACGGAGGAAAGGUCCCAAUCAAAUGGAUGGCUCUCGAAUCGAUCCUGAACAGGACGUACACGCACCAGAGUGAUGUGUGGAGCUUCGGUGUGACCGUUUGGGAGCUGAUGACGUUCGGGAACAAACCGUACGACGGGAUCCCGGCCUGUGAGAUCGCUGCAGUCCUGGAGAAAGGGGAGCGACUGCCCCAACCACCGAUCUGCACCAUCGACGUCUACAUGAUCAUGGUGAAAUGUUGGAUGAUUGAUGCCGACAGCCGACCUCGCUUCCGGGAACUAAUAGCCGAGUUUACGAAGAUGGCUCGGGAUCCUUCACGGUAUCUUGUCAUUCAGGGGGAUGACCGCAUGCACCUGCCGAGUCCGUCCGACACCCGGCUGUACCGCAGCCUGAUCAGCGGGGAGGACAUGGCGGACGCCGUGGAUGCAGACGAGUACCUGGUGCCGCAACAAGGCUUCUUCAGCAGCCCGAGCAAGUUCAACAGGCCGAUGCUCCACUCCGCGAGCCUCAACAGCAGCAUUGGAACGUGCAACAGCAGAACCGGUUUGCUGAGCGGGUUCCCGAGUAGGGACGGAAGCCUGGUGCUCCGGUACAUCCCCGACCCCACAGACACAUUUUUAGACGACGCCUUCCUGCCGUCGCCAGACUACAUGAACCAGAACGGCGUCUCGGACGUGAUGAAUCCCAUCUACAAGCACCCGGGUCCACCUCGCACGCUCCUCCCCACCAUCUCCUCAGACGACACGGAGACAGAGUACCUGAACUGCUUUAAGAACGGCGACAACGGGCCCGAGUACCUGAACGAGCUCGCCCCCCGCGCCAUCCUCCCGCUCACCUCCAACGGCACGGCCCACUGCAUUCAGAAAUGCCGCCCCCAGCUCAGCAUAGACAACCCUGACUACCAGCAGGAUUUCAACCCCUUCAUCAAGAGCCACGCCAACGGACACAUCCCGGCCGCGGAGAACGCAGAGUACCUGGGUCCAGACUGACGGCGCGAUGGAUAAAAAACACAAGACACUUUCCUUUCUUUCCUGAAAUGUCUGGGCUGGAGAGGCGCUCCUGAGUGGUACCAUCAACUAUCAUAUACGUUUUACCCUGUCCCAUGAAGUCAGGUGACACUGUGCAGCUUUCCCGUGUUGUUUGCAUGCUGUCGUAACUGUCUUAUAAAACCCUGUCUCAUUCCAAAGAGCUUUUUUCCUCACAAAUCAAACGAUAAGUGAUUUAUACUCGGUGAAAGCUGGACGAGAGCCGAGAGCGCACGUGACUCAGUUGACCUGAGCUGGUGGAGCAGAUGGGCUCCGUCCCAGUGCGGCGACAGAAAGUGAUAAUCUCUUUCCAAUGUGUCAGAAGUAGAAAUGCUGCAUGUGAUCCUAAUGUGUCGGUGGAAGAGUUAAGUGCCUGAAUUUCUUUGGGAGGCAGAAGGACAGAAACUGGCAGCUGAGCCCAAAACCCAACUUAAGGUACAUGCUCACAGAAUCACAAUCAUCAAAGGAGAAUUGAUGAGUUCGAAUAGAAACGGUUGACGCACACACACGGUUGGGCGCUCGGUCGACACUGAUGUGAAGCCUUUGACUGGUGGGGCCCUCGGGGGGCCUGGGGACACUCCUCCUGGAGGAUGAGCAAACGAGGAGGCAAGACGUCACAACUCAUGGAAAUGAUUGUUUAGUGGUAAUACUGGUGAUUGAUAUCAUUGAAACAUGUUAACCUUUCUGCUCUAAGACAGUUCUGUGUGUGUGUGUGUGUGUGUGUGUGUGUGUGUGUGUGUGUGUGUGUGUGUGUGAUUGAUUUUGUUGCCUCUUAGGUUAUAGGGUUAACUUGGGGUAAGAACACAACACUUCGACACGCAAAGACUGUGAAUGUUAGAUUUUCCCUAAGUCCCUCAUUGAAACCAUAAUCAAUUGGUUAAAAUCCCAUCAUAUAAGGAUGAAAUAAAUAAAAUAAGAGAUGAUUUAAAAGAGCAUAGACACAGGUGGUGAAGCCUGUAAACAUUCCCCAGACCUCUCCUAUGGCUGUUAAUUUAAAAAAAGUUGGGACAUGUUAAAAGGAAGAUUUGUCAUAAAUAAUGAUUCAUAAUAAAUAACAGCCAUGAUAAAUUGAUAAAAUUCAAUAAGUUUAGGGAUAAGGUGUUGGUGAGUCAACAAUGAAUGGAAGUCAAUGCAAACCAACUGUGUGUUCGUGUGUGUGUUCCUGUGUGCCCGGAUGUGUGUUACCACAGCAACUAUGUAGAGAAUGUGAUGGUAAAUAUGUGCUUGUGGUCAUUCUCAGGCGGGUCUGUUUCGUAGUUGUAGCGCUCUUGAGUGAAGCGUAUUUGUGUGGACCCACAAAGUUCACUACACUCCGGGCCGUGUGUGAGUCUUCCUCCGCUCACACAGGAAACGGUUCUUCCUGCCCUGUCACUGAUCAUUUCCUUCCAAUCGUUUAUUUUUAACACUCCUGACUUUAAGGAGGUUGUCAAGUUUUUACAGUCGACUCGACGACCAUAAACUUAAUGGAGGGGGGGGGGGCUCCAGUAGGUCCAGAUGUGUUCCCAUAGAGGUUUUAUUUGUGUGUGUGUGUGUGUGUGUUUCCACUUGUUUAAAAUGCUGGUUGAACUGUCCCAGAGUCACGUGAGCGACUUGUUUGAAUUUUUAACUAACUGCCAUUACUAGUGGUAUUUCCUUGUAAACACGAUGUAUCUUAGCGACUGUUUGAAUGCCUCUGUGUCGCAUCAGAACCUCAGGAUGAUUCUGAUGUUUCGGUCAAACGUAUCAUUCCCAGGAGACUUGUCCUGCUCUGUGUUUUUUCUUUUUGUUUAGACCGUUGUUUCAGUCAGGGUGUUGAGACCGUCUCUGUGAACCUGCCCCUAAAGCUUUAAAGUUUUUGUAGUCUUGCAAGAGCUUGAACUUUGCAAAUAUCAUUCCUAGUUUUAAAGGAAUCUCCUCUUGUAGCAGCCUGUAGACCUACUUUUGCAGAUUUUACACAGGUACAUGUACAGAAAACAGUGGAUAUUGCUGUAAUAUACCCCCAUAAAAAGUCACCUAUAAUUUAUACUAUCAGUACACCAUUUUGUCACAUCAUACGUGGAUAUGCACUUGUUCCUGAAUUGUAAUUAUUUCAUUCAGAAGUGAAUAUGAAUAAAUCUUUUUUUUCUAUGGAAA